CGGACACUACAUCAUUCUGGUCAAGCGGCUGGAUUAAGCUCGUGGAUACCAGACGACUGGGACGAGAUGUGGGGCAAUGACAACGGGUCCGAUUCCAUCUUUACGCUUAUCAGAACACCAACAGGGGCCGGUGAACCAGUUUGAGGGCGGCAGCGCCUUUUCCAUCCGUGGAUGUCGUAUCUCGACAUGGAAUUGGUCUCGGACGCCGGCAGGCCCUCGACAGUGCGUUUCUCUGCCCGGCCGUAUCUCCCUCCUCGUCUUCGUUGGAGAAACGGCAACAACCAUGUUGACAGAAUGGAUACCGUUGAGGCCGCGCCGCGCUUUCCCUCAUUCCGGACCCGUGUGUGCACAAUCGCUCAAGCCAUGGAUCCGAGGACGUGCUCAGUAGGCGAUGCUGAACGUCGUCCGUCAGGGGUCACGCACGCAGGAAAUGUUAAAACAAGGGCCCAUGCCACAGAUGCCGACGAAUCUGGUGGAACCGACUCCUCGGCUUUUGCUGGGGUUUGCGUCGGGGCUGUGGUGGUUGCGAGCCAAACCUCGAUUGAGUUGACUACCUACAAGACUGGCGACGGGAUGGUGGGGGGGGGGGGGGGGCUAACCCACCGUCCCGAUACCCUUAUGGUAAUCAUGGGAAACUCGAGUCCAAAGAUUCGUGCCUGUUACGGAAGCUGGUUAGCUCAAAGGCCGGAUCGUCAGACAGCUUCGGCCAUGGACCCUCCAACCACACAUCGCAGAGCCGCAUUUCACCUCUUGCCUUGUUUGGGCCUGCCCGACCUGGCGGAAGUGAAGCUUCAUCCCCUUUCGGCCAACCUUCACUGCCGACGCAGCAGCAUAGAGCGUGAAGCGUAGACUUU